UCUCUCUCUAAAUUGUCUCUUCCCUUCAUCCGAAAAAACCCGAGCACGAAUAUUUAAUCCAUCUCUAAAACCCAUUGAUUGAUUGAGAGAUUCUGUCUUCAACCAGCCAAAUAAGAGAAGAAAAGGUGAAAUCUUUCCCAUUCUCUCUCUUCGAUCGAAUUGGGCCUUUUUCUGGAAUGUCUUUCAUGACUACAUUCUUCAUCCCAGAAGUAGUAGAGUGGGAGAAAGAACGAUAGAAAAACAAGAAAAAAGAUCGAAAUUUUCUUUCAAUUUAAUUUCUCCCCCAAUUUCUAGGUCAAGAUUGUAAAUUUGCACCUUCAAUCUUGGUAUUAUUCAUCUGGGAUGUCUACGAGUAUAAUUAACGAUUCAAUGGUGAUUGCUUCCGGCCCGGACGGGCCCGCUGUAAACGGGCCCUUGAACACUAUUUCGGGCCAAGUCGAGGUGGAAUUCGCUACAUGCGACUGCUGCGGGCUUACGGAGGAAUGCACUCUUCCUUACAUCGAGACUAUUCGCGAAAGAUAUGGCGGGAAGUGGAUAUGCGGGCUUUGUGCGGAGGCGGUGAAGGACGAGAUCGUGAGGUGUCAGAAGCUGAUAAGCCCGGACGAGGCUGUGGCCCGGCAUAUCAGCUUCUGCAGCAAGUUUCGGGCCGUCGGGCCGCCGGAGGACCCGACGGUGCACCUGAUUCGGGCCAUGGGGAGGCUAAUGAGGAAGGGGCUGGAGAGCCCGAAGUCGGUGCCGUGUAGCCCGAAUAAUAAGCUCGAAAUAGAAGGCGUUGGUGUGUUUACUCGGUCGGAGAGUUGUAUACCGAGUUUAACCCUAGUGGAUGCCUCGGUGUAUCAUCGUGGGUUGGAAUGAGGUCUAAGGGUAAAAUGGUAAAGUUGAUAUAGUUCAGAUGAAAAAGAGAAAUGAAGAGGAAAAAUAGUGGUGAUGAUAUUACUUAGAGGUUUGUUUAGUUGAAAUGCUUAAUUUACGUGUUAGUUUUUAGUAGUAUGUUUUAGAAUAAUGGUAUAAAUCUUAACCUUCCAAUAGUUUGAUAUGCUACUAAUUAAAUCAUCUUAUGGUUGGUGUUA